CAGAUAUGUAAGUUUUUGCAGGAUAGUGGAAUACAAUUUUUAUUAUUAAUAAUGAACAGUAGUUCUGGUAUUGGAAAACUAGCAAGUAUCCUGGAGACAUAGCAGCAAGUUCUCUUUGAUUUGAUUUCUUCAGGGGAAGACAAGAAAUGGCACCAAGCUAUUAUCACAAGGAUGUUCUGCCUCUUGCAGCAAUGCUUGCAACUUUGACUGCUGGUGUAGGCUUAAACACUCUGUUCAAAGCUGCUUCUUUGAAAGGGAUGAGCUACUUUGUCUUCCUCUUUUACUCGAACUUUAUUAACACUCUUCUCAUGCUUCCCAUUCCCUUUCUCCUCUGCAGUAGAACUAUGGUUCCCUUGUUCAAAUUCCCUCUCCUCUCUAGAAUCUGUGCGCUUGGGAUUAUUGGGCUUUUUUCUCAACUCAUAGGAUAUAAGGGAAUCCAAUAUAGUUCUCCAACUAUGGCUUCUGCAAUGAGCAACGUCACUCCAGCUUGGACCUUUUUAUUUGCAGUCAUUUUCAGGAUGGAAAAACUGGAUUUGAGGAGCUCAAGCACUCAGAGUAAAAUCAUUGGUACCAUAGUCUCAAUAUUGGGUGCAUUAAUGAUGGUUCUCUACAAAGGGCCAAAAAUUUUGUCAUCAACUUCAUCUGAAACAUCGCCCAUUUCAUCACUUCAUCAUCAGCAUAUGGGAUUACCACUAUCAGAUUGGGUCAUUGGUGGACUUUUACUUGCAAUCCAGCAUAUUGGCUAUGCAUUCCUUUAUAUUCUUCAGACCCAGAUGAUGCAAAUAUGUCCAUCAGAGCUAAUUAUAACAUUCUUCUGCUACCUAUACACAACUAUAAUAUCAGCACCAGUUUGUUUCAUAGCAGAACAAGAGUUGAGUGCUUGGAGAAUAAGGCCUGAUGUAACAUUGGUUGCGCUUGUAUACUCUGGAAUUCUUGGAGGAGCAUCUCUGGGAAUUAUACACUUAUGGUGCCUGCGCAUGAAGGGUCCUGUAUAUGUAGCAACAUUUACUCCACUGUCAAUCGCCAUAGCAGCUGCUAUGGCUAUUAUAUUCCUUGGAGAUGCUCUUCAUCUAGGGAGUGUCAUCGGAGCAGUUUUGAUAUCAAGUGGAGUGUAUGCUGUGAUAUGGGGAAAGGCAAAAGAAGAAAAGGAGAGAGAGAUAUGCAGUUCUAGCAGCUUGGAAUCAUCCUAUGAUGGUACAACACCUUUGUUGAAAGGUCAUGGAGUUGAAGAAUCAAUGAACAAGAGCGGAUGCUGAUGAAUCUCUUCUGUUAACACAUUUUUCAUUCCUUUUGUCUUCUCAUAAUUAAUGAAGUCAAUAGAGACAUCAAAAAUUAUAAUUAAUCAAAAUAACUAUAUGCUAUUCAUA